AUGAACCAGCCGCGCUCGUGCACAACCUGCGUCUGCAACGGUGACACUGGCGAGGUGGUCUGUGAGCGCCAGACUUGCCCCGCUCUUGACUGCGGACCCGAGGGCACUCAGCCCGCCGAACCCGGCGAGUGCUGCCCUCGCUGCCGACGUGAAAAACGCGAAGUACGGACAACGCCCACGAGCACAGCUCGCACCUACACCAGCGAGGUGACAACGACAACCACGUCGACAACUACCACCACUACGACUACCACGCCGCGUCCAACUACUACCACCACCACACCAAAACCCACGCCACCGCCGAUUAUGGGCCCCCCGGGUCCCCCCGGUCCCCCAGGACCACCCGGACCUCCCGGUCCCCCUGGUGAUCCCGGAAUGGAUGGCGAGCACGGCGUCCCUGGUCCACCCGGACCUCGUGGACCGGGUCCUCCAGGAGAGCAAGGCGUUCAGGGUCCACCCGGUCCGAUCGGCAUUCCCGGCCCUCCGGGUCCAGUCGGGCCAGUGGGAGACAUUGGCAUGGCCGGUCCAAUGGGCUCUCGAGGUCCACCCGGGCCCAUGGGCGAGUUUGGCGCUGAGGGCGAGCCCGGUCGAAACGGCGUCAAGGGUCCGCGUGGUCCAGUUGGCCCAGUCGGGCUUCCUGGUGAUCCAGGAUCCAAAGGACCCACAGGAAUGCGUGGCGAGAUCGGUGAACCUGGAAAUCCCGGUCCUAAGGGUAAAGCCGGAGACCAGGGAAGAAAGGGUCCAACUGGACCCAUGGGUCCCAAGGGUGCUAUUGGUCUUCGUGGACCUCUGGGCAAGUCUGGACCCCGUGGCGUUUCAGGACCUCAAGGGCCCAGGGGUAUUGAUGGACCUACUGGCGCUCAAGGUCCUGCUGGUGAGCGCGGUGAGCAGGGAAUGAUGGGUCCAAUGGGCUUCCAAGGACCGGAAGGACCGAAGGGGACCCCAGGUCCGAUCGGUCCCAAGGGAGAACCCGGCUUCCAGGGUCCACCCGGGGCUCGUGGUCUUCCAGGUCUCACUGGUCCGCCUGGAAAGCAAGGAAAAAUGGGACCAUCUGGUAUCCGAGGUGUGAAGGGUGAGAUCGGUUCUCGAGGUCGUAUGGGACCUCUUGGAGGCAUGGGUCCCCGAGGCUUCCCAGGCGCUGAUGGUGAGGAGGGACCCCCAGGAGCAAAGGGUCCCGAAGGUGCUCAGGGUCUUCAGGGAUCUCAGGGCCAGCCAGGUCCUGAAGGUCUCAAGGGUCCUCCUGGUGAACAAGGACCGCCUGGACCUCAGGGCCCUGCAGGCAAACGCGGACCUCGGGGAGACAUUGGCCCGUCAGGACCAAAGGGCUUUAUUGGUCCUCGUGGAUUGCCCGGAUCCAGAGGUCCCCCCGGUCCUGAGGGCCCAGUUGGAUCCAUCGGUAUGAUUGGCGAUGCCGGUCCUGUUGGACCUGUUGGACAAAAGGGGCACAUUGGUGACCCUGGUCCCGCUGGUCCACGCGGUCGGACGGGCUUUAGGGGUCCACGUGGAAAACGUGGCGCUGAAGGUCCUGGUGGCGAGCCAGGUCCUAAGGGUCCAGUAGGAGCUCCAGGCAAGCCGGGAAUUGGUGGUCCCCAGGGCCCCCAGGGUCCAAUAGGUCCGCAAGGAGCACAGGGAGCCCGUGGUCCGCCUGGCCCGAUCGGUAAGACGGGAGAAGUGGGGCCCGUGGGUCAGCGUGGCCAGCAGGGUGACCGGGGUGCGCGAGGUGAGGCGGGUCCUGCCGGUCCCCAUGGUCCACCUGGUGCCAAGGGGGCCCGCGGUCCUGGCGGCAAACGCGGUCCCAUGGGGCCUGAAGGCCGAGCUGGACAGCAGGGACCUGAGGGAGGCACGGGCAAACAUGGUGACCCCGGAGCACCUGGUGAGGCUGGAGAUGUGGGGCCCAGGGGUCCUGCGGGUGAGCGCGGAGCGCCGGGUCCAAUGGGGGCAAUGGGCUCACUGGGUCCCCGUGGUGAACGUGGUCCUGCUGGUGACACCGGUCCGGAUGGUCCAGCCGGUGAACGCGGGGAGAAGGGUGCGAUGGGCGAAGUGGGCGCUAUCGGUGUAGCUGGGCCACCUGGCAAUACUGGGUACACUGGUCGUCGUGGACCUACCGGUUCUAUCGGUCCAGUCGGUCCCCGUGGUGAUCCCGGACCUCGUGGUCCCGCUGGCGAACGGGGUGAUGACGGUCCAGUCGGACCCCAGGGUCCUCAAGGUCGUCCCGGACACAAAGGUCUUCCUGGUGGUCUGGGAAAUCCUGGUGACGAAGGUAUGCAUGGUGAUCAGGGCGAACAGGGUUCGAUCGGUGAAAUUGGUCCUCCCGGUCCCUCGGGAUCGCCGGGUGAAGUUGGCCCCAAGGGAAUAAAGGGUGACAGAGGACGUCGUGGCCGACGCGGUGAAACUGGAGACGCUGGACCAGUUGGUCCCAUCGGCCGACCGGGUCAGAAGGGCCUCCAGGGCAUGCAGGGACGUGAAGGGGACCGUGGAUUGCCAGGUGAGAUCGGUGACAUCGGUGAACCCGGUCCAAUGGGUGAGAGCGGUCCAGCCGGUUCGACCGGUGAACCCGGAUCCGUUGGUCUGCCUGGACCUGCAGGACCUUCUGGUCCUAAAGGUGAACCCGGUGAUAUAGGUCCAGUCGGUCCACCUGGUAUUGAUGGCGACCCUGGGGAAGAUGGUCCUGAGGGUCCCAGAGGGAUGCGCGGAGAAACCGGGCCCACUGGCCAUGUCGGACCUAUUGGACCUAGAGGAUUGAUGGGUCCACAGGGUAGAACAGGACCCAUCGGUCCAGCUGGUCCUCCUGGUGAAAUGGGAAAAAUGGGAGCCACCGGUGCUGAAGGUCUGCGUGGACCCCGCGGUCGUCAAGGGCCUACUGGACCUAUUGGUAAGACAGGGGCGCCCGGCCCCACCGGGCCUCGCGGUGACAUCGGUCCGGCAGGCUUGGAUGGUGAGCGCGGUAUUCAGGGUCCAGUAGGUCGACAGGGUCCUCCCGGACCUACUGGUGAAGCUGGACCACAGGGUCACAUCGGAAUGCCAGGUAUUGCAGGACCUAGGGGCCCACGUGGACCAACAGGGCCCAAGGGAGAACCCGGACCGGCUGGGAAGCGCGGAGAACCCGGUUUCCAGGGCGUUCGAGGCGAACCAGGAGAGCGCGGUGAGCCUGGAGACAUCGGACCCACGGGUGUUCGUGGUGAUCCCGGACCCCCUGGGGAGACUGGCCCCCAGGGUAAUAUGGGCAUGAUGGGUCAACUGGGUGAACCCGGUCCCAUGGGGUCGCCUGGUAGAGAGGGUUCUGUUGGUGUUCAAGGAACUCAGGGCCCCGCUGGUCCGCGUGGUGACGCCGGACCCAAGGGCGCUGUCGGACCUCCUGGACCGCCAGGACCACAGGCAAGCUUCUCCUCAAUUCCAUUCAUGACAGGCUUUAUUUUUCGUCCGCUCUACUUAAAUCGUCUUCCUUUGUGCAGGGUCCAGCUGGUCCGGUUGGUUUACGAGGCGAGGAAGGCCCUCCGGGAGAAGAUGGUCCUCCUGGCCCGCAGUGACGAGGGUUACAACACUGAAAGUGAUGUGCCGUUUGAGGACAGAAUGCAAGGCGAUGCACCCGAGCCCGAUGAAUAUAACAAGGAAUUUCCCUAUCACAUCACCAAGGAUCAGUUGGCGCAUCUACAGCUGUCAAGCGAGACAGCUUUGCAGAAGUUGGUGAUUGGAUGCCGCUAUUACGACCCCGGUGACAAGGUCAUUUUGCUCGGGGAUGGCAACCAGGCGCUCAGCCUCAACACUACCGACUCUGUCCUCGUGGUUAUCGAUGUCCUGGAGAACUCCUGCUCGGUAGGCCUUCUGUUAGCAUGUAAAACCGAGGAAAAGAGCUCAUUUGCGUUCGCCUCAGAUGGAUCACUUCCAUUGGCUGCAUUUCUCGUUUUUUUCCACACUUGA